UCAGCCCUCAGCGCCGGCCUCUGAUCUUGCUGGCUGGAACUGCCCGGCCGGGUUUUGGGCCCGCGGCGGAUGCGGAAAGUGUUCUCCGCUUUAUCGCGGCGUUGCUCGGGAGUAAGUCCGCUGCGAAUAGAUCGAGCCUUCCGCGGUCGGAAUCGUGCCGGCCUGAGAGACCAUCUAGCCGGGCCCCGGAAGACCUUCCCCUUCAGGCCCAUCGUGCGUCGCUCCUCCGCAGUUAUCUUGACAGCCAUGCCGGGUAGAGCCAAGGCCUCGUCCGCCUGCGGCCCUGAGCAACCCGAGGACUCGGAGGGCAGCCGCGGGGCCAAGGCCGGCGCUGUCCAGGAAGAAGCCGAUGCGGAGAGCGGAGGCGCCGCCGCCGCCUGCGAGCCUAGCCCCAACUUGGGCGAUUCCGAGAUCGUUAAAUCCCCCAGUGAUCCCAAACAAUACAGAUACAUCAAACUAAAAAAUGGAUUAUGUGCCUUGCUGAUUUCGGACUUGCAUAACCCAGAUGGUAGCCCUUGUGUGGUAUCUUCAGAGGGGGAAGAUGAAGGUGACUCCGAAGAAGAAACUGAUGAUGAUGAUGAUUCUGGAGCAGAAAUAGAAGAUGACCAAGAAGGCUAUGAUGAUGAAUGUGGUGAUUAUGAUGAUGAUUUAGAUCCUGAUAGUGAAUUAGAAGAGCUAACAGAUAAAGAUGAAACUCGGAAAAGAAAUUGUACAGAAAAGCAGUCUGCAGCUGCACUUUGUAUUGGUGUCGGCAGUUUCUCUGAUCCUGAUGAGCUGCCUGGGCUGGCACAUUUUCUGGAACAUAUGGUUUUUAUGGGUAGUUCAAAGUAUCCAGAUGAGAAUGGAUUUGAUGCCUUUCUGAAGAAACAUGGUGGAAGUGACAAUGCAUCAACAGAUUGCGAACGAACCAUCUUCCAGUUUGAUGUACAGAGAAAGUAUUUCAGGGAAGCUCUUGAUAGGUGGGCACAGUUUUUCAUCCAUCCUUUAAUGAUCCGGGAUGCAAUUGAUCGGGAAGUUGAAGCUGUGGAUAGCGAAUAUCAACUUGCAAGGCCCUCUGAUGCAAACAGAAGAGAGAUGUUAUUCGGCAGUCUCGCCAAAUCUGAUCAUCCUAUGAAGAAGUUUUUCUGGGGUAAUGCAGAUACCCUGAAACAUGAGCCAAAACAAAAUGGGAUUGAUACCUAUACCAGGCUGAGGGAAUUCUGGCAGCAAUAUUAUUCAGCGAACUAUAUGACUUUAGUUGUGCAGUCAAAAGAAAUCUUGGAUACUCUGGAAAAAUGGGUGACUGAAAUCUUCUCAGAGAUCCCAAAUAACAAUAUAUCCAGACCAACAUUUGGCCAUCUGACAGACCCUUUUGACACUCCAGAUUUUCCUAAACUUUACAGAGUGGUUCCAAUCCGAAAAACUCACUCUUUAAACAUCACUUGGGCUCUUCCUCCACAAGAAAAGUAUUACAGGGUGAAGCCACUUCACUAUAUUUCUUGGCUUGUUGGACAUGAAGGCAAAGGAAGCAUUCUUUCAUAUCUUAGGAAAAAAUUCUGGGCACUUGCAUUGUAUGGAGGAAAUGGUGAGACCGGGUUUGAGCAAAAUUCAACCUAUUCUGUCUUCAGUAUUUGUGUGACCCUGACUGAUGAAGGUUACAAGCAUUUCUAUGAGGUUGCUCAUGUUGUAUUCCAGUACUUGAAAAUGUUGCAGCAAGUAGGACCUGAGCAAAGAAUAUGGGAAGAGAUCCAGAAGAUUGAAGCUAAUGAAUUCCAUUACCAAGAACAGACUGAUCCAGUUGAAUAUGUAGAAAGUCUUUGUGAAAAUAUGCAGCUGUUUCCAAAGGAGGAUAUUUUGACAGGAGAUCAACUUCUCUUUGAAUAUAAUCCAGAGAUAAUUGCUAACGCACUUAACCAACUGAUUCCCAGUCAAGCCAAUCUUAUUUUAUUAUCUGCCUCCCAUGAAGGCCAGUGUCACCUAAAGGAGAAAUGGUUUGGGACACAAUACAGUGUUGAAGAUGUUGAUCAACACUGGAGUGAUACAUGGGCCAGUGACUUCAAAUUAAAUCCUGAUUUACACCUGCCAGAAGAAAAUAGAUACAUUGCAACCGAUUUUGCUUUGAAGGAUCCUGAUUGCCCUCAGACAGAAUAUCCAGUCAAUAUAAUGAGUUCCCAGCAAGGUUGUUUGUGGUACAAGAAGGAUGACAAAUUCAAAAUCCCUAAAGCUUAUAUCCGUUUCCAUCUGAUCUCACCACUGAUCCAGCAAUCUGCUGAAAAUGUGGUGCUCUUUGAUACUUUUGUGAACAUCCUUGCACACAACCUUGCUGAACCUGCAUAUGAAGCUGAUGUUGCUCAGUUGGAAUAUAAGCUGGUAGCCGGAGAACAUGGAUUGAUCAUUCGUGUGAAAGGUUUCAAUCAUAAGCUACCUUUGCUGUUUCAGCUCAUCAUUGAUCACUUAGCUGAUUUCAGUUUUACUCCAGAAGUUUUUGAGAUGAUAACCGAGCAGUUGAAGAAGACUUACUUCAACAUCCUUAUCAAGCCAGAAACCCUGGCCAAAGAUAUACGUCUCUUAAUCCUGGAACAUUGUCGGUGGUCUAUGACAGACAAAUACGAGGCCCUUAUGAAGGGGCUCUCAGUAGAUUCUCUGCUGUUGUUUGUGAAGGCUUUCAAAUCUCAGCUCUUUGCAGAGGGCCUUGUCCAGGGAAACUUCACAAGCUCCGAAUCAAAAGAAUUUUUGAAUUAUGUUAUCGAGAAAUUGCACUUCCUGCCUCUAGUGCACCCAUGUCCAGUUCAGUUCCGUGUGAUGGAUUUACCAUGUGCCCAUCUAUUGUGCAAAGUGAAGACACUUAAUAAAGGGGAUGCCAAUUCAGAAGUGACAGUCUACUAUCAGUCUGGAGCCAGGAAUUUAAGAGAAUAUUCUCUCAUGGAAUUGCUUGUGAUGUAUAUGGAAGAGCCUUGUUUUGACUUUCUUCGAACCAAGCAAACCUUAGGAUAUCAUGUCUAUGCAACUUGUAGGAAUACAUCUGGGAUCCUUGGAUUCUCUGUUACUGUAGCCACACAGGCAACUAAAUACAAUUCUGAAGUAGUGGAUAAGAAGAUAGAAGAUUUUUUUUUGUGUUUCGAAGAAAAACUCAAAAAUAUGACUGAAGAAUCCUUCAAGACUCAGGUCACAGCUCUCAUUAAAUUGAAAGAAUGUGAAGAUUCUCAUCUUGGUGAAGAAGUGGAUAGGAACUGGACAGAAGUAGUGACUCAGCAAUAUCUAUUUGACAGACUAGUUCGGGAGAUUGACGCACUAAAAUCUCUCUCACAGUCAGAAUUAGUUGACUGGUUUCAAAUGCACAGACACAAAGAAAGGAAAGUGCUCAGUGUACAUGUGGUUGGAUUUGGUGUACAUGAAGGGGAUGCGGAAGUUCCAUCUCUUUCAAAUAUGCACAGCCCUUCAAGCAAUGAAAUACCUCAACUAACGUUCUUGGACCCUUCUUCUUUGACUGACAUCACUUGCAUUAAGAACAUCAAAGUGUAUACAUCAGCUCUCAAUGUUCUCCCAUACCAUAAGAUAUUAAAAUAACUCAUCUUGGGCUGCCAUAAUGUGUAGUACAAAUUAAAUACUCUGGAGGUAUGCUUUCCUUCUAAGACUCCAAUUUACCAGGCUUUAUGGAAAAUAGUUGACUACUCACAAACUAAUGUACAAAUUUCAAGUGUGUCUUUUAACCAGCAAAGCAUACAUAAGAAAGAGCAUUUUUUUUAGUGAAAAUAUAUAUUACAAUGGAUGUAUAGAAAGAUAGACUUGUUCAUAAAAGUAAAUGGGUCCUCCAUUGGCAAUUAUUAUUCUGGGUUCUUUCUGCCUGGAAUGCUGCUGCUUCUUCCAUAACAGCUGUGGGUAAAAAAGACUAAAGACUCUCUCAGAAGUAAAAUAUUACCUGCUAUCCAGAAAAUGCUAUUAGAUUACUUAAAACUGAAUGUGCCUAUAUUGCAACAAUUUAGAAAAAAAAUUUCUGGCUUCAAACGAAAAAAUAUUAAGAAUAUACCUAGGAAUCAUCUUCAUCAGAUAGGUCAAGAUGAGUGCUCUUAAAAUAACGUGUGCAAUAAAUUAUUGAAAUCUUAA